AGCAUUUGACCUACAUCAUAAAAACACAGCAAUGGAGUCAGGUUGAAAAUGCAUAGAUGGAACAGGUGGUCAGGUCAGUGGUCAUACCUGCAGCGAUGGCUCAGGGGAAGGCAGCAGGGGAUGCAGUGAGGAGUCAGGAGGAGUGUUCAGAGGUAUAUUCUGAUAUGAUGACGGUCAGCUCCACAGCAGAAAUCGGAGACUCUGUGAGAAGGGGGUCACUGUGUGAGACCUCCGUGGCAGUGGGCCUCGGCAGGAGGAGCAGGGGCCUCCAUGCCUCCCCCGCCCGGAGACGACACCGCACCUCUUUCAGCCACAAACAGCUGGAGCAGCUGGAGGGGGCGUUCACACAGAACCAGUACCCUGAUAUCUACUACAGAGAGGAGCUGGCCCGGGUCACCAAGCUCAACGAGGCCCGCAUACAGGUUUGGUUUCAGAACAGACGAGCCAAACAGAGGAAGCAGGAGCGCACCUCACAGAAAGUCUUCCCCUUCGGUGUGAUGACAGGCCACAAGGGGCUGCUGGGAGGUGUUCACGUCCAGCCGUCCAGCAUGAAUCGGCAGUUCUACCCCCAGCCCCUGGCUCACCUCCCCCGCCUCCCCCCCAUGAUACCCACUGGCCCAUAUUCCCGUCACCCAGGCCAGGUACCCCAGUGCCCCUGCCCCGGCAGCGUCCCAGCAGCGGCAGCAGCUCCACGACAGCAUGACGACUGGUACGGCCCACUGAGGAGCAACAUCCCCUCCCCAAUGUUCUCUCUGCAGCCUCUAGAGCCCUCCACUCACUGGAGUUAAAGAGUAACAGGCUUUUCAUCUUUACACAUCAACAUAUUGUUUAUGGUAUUUUUCAGCAAAGACAUACUUCAGGGUUUAAAUAACUAUCAGGUUAGGAAAGUCCUCAGGUAGAUGAAUUCAGCCUGCUGAAGUGAAACAGGAUGUAAUGGCUGCAAUGUAAUCCUUGAUCGAGUACAUCAUCUUAAAGUUUGCUUUUCCGUUGACAGGCUCAUAUUGUAAUUCAAAGUGCCUGACAACAUUACGGAAAGGGUCCCUUUGAAGCUGAAUCUUUUUGUAAAAGAAAAAAAUGAUCUUUUAUCCAGAAACAGUCAGUACAUUCUUCCUCCCAAAGUCACCAGACUCCACUAACUGAUAGAGAAAAAAACUUGUAAGUAGCUCUUUUGUCGCUGCAUAUUGUAUUGGACCCAGACUUUUCAUUCAAAAUACCAAAGUCCCACAAAAACCCAAACAAAAUACCUGAUUUAGUCCAGUAACUGCUGUACUCCGAGGAAAGUUUUUUUGUUGGUGGAGCAGCUUUGAAGAGAAUGAUGUAACAUCUGUUUCUGGCUUAAAAAUGGACUAACUCUUGAACAGAAGAGUCCAUCUUUGUAGGGAUUCUCUCUGUGAGGUUGUCCGGCACUUACAAUGACAAUCUAAGCGUGUCAGAGAUAAAAAAAAAAGAAAAAAAAAAGACGAGGCAAUCUAAAGGUGGGGGUUGGGGGCAUUAAAACUGUAGAGCUUUCUUUCAAGGGAGACAGCUAAACUGCAAAACUCAAAUCUUAGCGAGUGUAUUUUUCUUAUUUCUAGUCAAAAUAUCUCACCACACUUAAAGCUACUAUAAGGAGUUUUUGUGAUGAUUAUGUAACAGACUAAAAUCAAUGCUAGUGUCUCUAAAUGUCCCCCCAAAAGCAAACAAAACUUUUGGCAACAACAUCUAAUCUUUCUAGAUUAUUGUUCUUAACUAUUAUUAUCUAAUUUUGCUACUUAUUAUUUUUUAACAGAGGAGGGGAUUAACAGCAGCCUCAAGAAACAGCCUUUCUUUUCAUCUUCUAGAAUAAAUAUCACAAUAAGUAAUAUGUUUGACUGUCAGGAAAAGAUUUUUGAGAAAACCCUAAAGGGCAAGAUCAGCAAAGAAACAAGAUGACCCACUUUGUCCACAGGGAGGAGCCAAAAUCACACAAUCCUAAAGUUCCUCAAAGCUUUAAUAUAAGCCACAUUGACCAAGUCCAGAUAUGAAUGUAAUUUUAAGAUACUAUAAAAAAAAGGACUUGAUUGAUUGUCAUAAGUAAAAUAUCUGCCAAUACAGCAUGCAAAGUUUUCUUGAUGUUUCAUGUUUCUUAAAAUAAGUAUCUCAUUUCAAAAACAUUUCAAGAAAAGUUUGCUUAGCAGAUAUUUUACCGAUUUCAUUCAAUGUAGUCCUUUUUGGCUUGUAAUAUCUCGAAAUAAGAGGUAUUCGUGGGUUUAUCAGUUCAACGUGGCUUAUAUUAGUGUGGUGAUAUAUUUGACUAAAUGUUAGAUAAAUACACGUACUAAGAUUUGAGUUUUUCAGUGUAAAACCUUUAAAGUGUAUCUAACAAAUAAAGACCACGUGUAAGAGCAGCUCUUAAAUAAAAAAACU